AUGGCACGAGGACAGGGAGCUGAUGACGCAGCGCGAAUUUACGGACGAGUUCUUUCUUCAGGCUUGGGCGCGUCGCAUGACACCGCGCGCUGCUCAUCACAUAUACGUAUUCCUGCCAUUUUGCUCAUGUUGCUGGCACAUGUUGGGUUUUGCACCCUGUUUACUUACGCUGCUAGAAUGGCACGUGUUUACCUGGGACGACUUCCCUUCCGCGCCCGUGAGAGCGACAUUGAAAGAUUUUUCCAAGGUUAUGGAAGGAUAACUGAUAUAGCAAUGAAGAGAGGAUUUGCGUUCAUCGAAUUUGAAAGUAAAAGAGAUGCUGAGGAUGCUGUGGAUGAGCUUAAUGGACGAUCUAUCUUGGGAGACAGAGUGCUCGUGGAAAUAGCUAAAGGACGACCUCAUGGCAGCGACGUCUAUCGUUAUCGAUCUCGAUCACGCUCUCGCGACCGUCGACGCCGCAGUCGUUCCCGUUCUCGAAGCCGGGAUCGGAAACGUAGCCGAAGCCCCAGGAGAGGACGCAGUCGGUCGCGUAGCCGCAGUGGCUCUCCGAAAACACGAUCUCGCGGAAGACGUGAUUCGAGCCGUUCCAGAAGCCGCAGCAGGACUCCAGAUAAGAAGCGUCGCUCCAGGCGCCGAAGCCGUUCGCCAAAACGCGAUAAGCGGUCGCCAAAGAGUUCCCCUGAAAAGACAUCAAGUAGAAGCCCGACACCGAAGAAGGAAAGAAGUGCUAGCAGAUCUGCAUCACCUUCUGAGGAGAAGCGGACAGAGUCUGUUUCUGAGAGAAAAAGUCGCAGCGCCUCUCCUAAAGAUGACAAAAGAGAUUCUUCGCUCAGCCCAUCACCCAAAAAGGCGCGACGUACCAGAAGUUCUUCGAGGGAAAGCGCAGAUCGUAGUUUUUCUCCUCGUCGCGACAAGUCGAGGAGUGCUAGCCCAGCAGCUGAAAAGAAUGGACGCAGCAAAUCAUCGGAGGACAACGGGGAUCGCUCAAGGUCUCGUUCGCGCAGUCGCGAUGGAAGUGGGUCGGAUCGCAGUCGUAGUGGAAGUCCUGAGGAAAACGGAAAACGUCGAAGAUCUUCUAGUGAUCGCAGUGGAUCUGAUCGCGAUUAA